CUCCCCUUCGCCGCGAGUCUGCUAUAGGCUUCGUUGUUGCUUAACUUCUCUUCCCCCCCUUUUUUUCUACUCUUCUCCCAUGUCAGUACACCCUCAACAUACCAAUUUAUUCUCCAUCAUUCGCAGGGAGACUGGAAUCUCUCCCCAUCGACGUGGAUCACAUCCUGAAAAUUGGUCAACAUGAGUGACGCAGACGCCGGACGCGACUCUGAACGCGACUCCGGACGUCCCCGGGCCAGGUCCGAUGUAGACCGAGUCCGCGAGGAAGCGACCGGGGCAUCAUCGCCUCCUAUUUCGCCGGUCGGCCGCGGUCGUCGUGGCACGAUGGACUCGGAUAUUAUCUCUCCCACUCGCCGCGUCUCCGGUCGUGACGGCGAGCUGGGAUCUGGCGUGCGUCGUCGCAGCUCGGCCGCCUCUCGCCGGAGCGGUCGCAGCGGUGGCAUUCCCAGUCUGGCUCCGCGGACGACACUGGCUCAGCGGACGCAGGGCAAGUUCACCGUGGCCGGGCCGGACGACACGCCGCAGCUGCGCCUGGCGCACGAGCCCUUUGUGCAGCCGGGCUACGGUGACCUAAAUCCUGCCUACGAGCAGCCCGUGAAUGCGCGACCAGUCUGGGGUCUAGCCAAACCCUUGCCUCGCGUGGUGCGGUCGGGCAUGGUGCCCACCAAAGAGGAGCUGCUCGAAGCCCGCCAGAACGCCCAAUUGCCGGCGGAGAACUCUCAAAAGUAUGGACUGGACGUCGACCCAAACGAUCUGGAGCAGGGCCAGAUCGAAAAGACCACUGACCCGCGCCUCAUGGCAGCCCAGGUCGAAGACGCGCGUCUGCAGCGCGAGGCCAACUUCAUGAACAAACUUUUGUCGGGCGACACCACCUCCAUCCGCGGCUCCCGCAUGUCCCGCACCUCGUCCACCCGUCGUCGUCGGUCCUCCGCCGUGGGGUGGGAGGAGCAGCUGUCGACGGUGGCCGAGGGCGAGACGCCGGCCACCAGCAUCCACGGGGGCGACGAGGAGGAGACCGACUCAGCAGCAGCUCCGCCGCACCGCGGGAGCAACGACCAUCGCCCGAGCGAUGUUCCACUGCAGCCAGUCCCGGAGGAGCCGGAAUGGCACGGCGACGACGACACAGCCGGGGGGUCUCCGAAUCUCGACGAGGAGCUGAAGGAAGGGCUGGACGACCUGUCCGCCCUGGAGGACCCAGCUCUGCCGGAGGAUCUUCACCCGCUGGUGCAGGAGUUGGUCGAGGAAGAAGUCCACAACAACCACACGACCUGGUCGGUGAUCCGGACGCACCACCGCGAAGCGCUGGCGGAGGCGCUGGGCGUUUUCGUGCAGCUGUUCGUCGGCUUUUGUGCUGACUUGGCUGUCACCUGCGCUGACGUGGGAAACCCAAACACGACGGACUGGGCCUGGGGCUUUGCGACCAUGAUGGCCAUCUACGUGUCCGGUGGUAUUUCCGGUGCGCACUUCAACCCGGCCAUCACCAUCAUGCUGUGGUUCUACCGCGGAUUUCCCAAGCGCCUGAUGCCCGAGUACUUCGCCGCGCAAUUCCUGGCGGCCUUCAUCGCCGCGUUCUGCGCCUACGGUGUCUACUACGAGUCGAUCCACGAGUACCUGGCCUCGAACGCCACCUCCGGCGUCGUCAACAGUUUCGUCACGAACCAGCGAUACAGCUGGAUUGGCGGGGCGACAGCCUUCUUCAACGAGUUCAUGGGUACUAUGAUCCUGGUAAUUGUCGUGCUCGCGCUGGGUGACGACCAGAACGCGCCCCCGGGUGCCGGUAUGAACUCGCUGAUCGUGGGUCUGAUGAUCAUGAACCUGAGUGUGGCGUUCGCCUACCAGACGGGCGCGGCCUUCAACCCGAGCCGUGACUUCGGACCCCGCCUUGCGCUGCUGGCCCUGGGCUACGGCAGCGACCUGUUCACCAACGCGUACUGGUUCUACGGGCCCUGGGUGGGCGCGAUCAGCGGGGCAAUGAUGGGUGGCUUCCUGUACGACUUCUUCAUCUUCACGGGUGGCGAAUCGCCGGUCAACUACCCAUGGGAGCGGACCGAGCGGGCGAUGCGCAAGAGCAAGAUGAAGUGGAAGCGGCGGUUGCACCUUUCCAAGGAGGAGACUGAGAAGAGCUGAGUUCUGCUUAUGAAUCGCAGACGUCUGCAUUCGUGGCUUAUGUCUAUAGACGAGUUGUGGGAUGUUGUAGAUAUUGUAUAGCGCUGUGUUGAUGCGUUUGUAUGUUUGUGGGUGCACAGCACCAUGAUCGGUUGUUCAUUUAGCCUGAUUACAUCUUAGACUGGAUCUCGAUGCGCCAUGCCCUGGGAUCGUGGCUUAGUGGGUCUGUUAUAGCAUUAUUUCAUCUGUUAUGCUUCAGCUUAAUGCCGGUCCGAGAGCAUAGCCUCGCCAAACACACGGUG